AUGUCUCCCUCCCUCACCGACGAAGAAAGCCUCGCCAUCUCCCACGCCAAUGGCUCCAACGGCACCGCCCCGUAUCAACCGCCCCAGCCUCGCCGCAAACGCAUCAUCGUCGCCAUGACAGGCGCAACCGGCACCAUCCUGGGCAUCAAGCUGCUCAUCGCGCUGCGGCGGCUCAACGUCGAGACGCACCUCGUCAUCUCCAAAUGGGCUGAGCAGACGCUCAAGUACGAGACCGACUACCACCCGAGCAACGUGCGCGCGCUGGCCGACCACGUCUACGGCAUCAACGACAUGGCCGCGGCCAUCUCCAGCGGCUCGUUCCGCGUCGACGGCAUGAUCGUCGUGCCCUGCAGCAUGAAGACGCUAGCCGGCAUCACCACGGGGCUGUGCGACGACCUGAUUUCGCGCGCCGCCGACGUGAUGCUCAAGGAGCGCCGCAAGCUGGUGCUGGUUGCGCGCGAGACGCCGCUGAGCGAGAUUCACCUGCGCAACAUGCUGGACGUGACGAGGGCUGGGGCGAUUAUCUUCCCGCCCGUGCCUGCGUAUUAUAUCCGGCCGGCGUCGGUGGACGAUUUGGUGAACCAGAGCGUGGGGCGGAUGCUGGAUCUGUUUGAUUUGGACACGGAGGAGUUUGAGCGGUGGAAUGGCUGGAAGAAGGAUAAUUGA